AUGGAGAUCAGACAGAUAAAGAGUGACAUAGAUCUGCUCACGGAGGAUCUAUGGGAGAUGAUACUCGCGAGAUUGCCACUAAAGAGCAUCAUCACCGCUCCCAAACUCGUUUGCAAGCUAUGGAAAUCAAUCAUUGAGUCUCGUUGUUUCCCCGACCUUUUCCAAUCUCUCCACCAAAACUCUCAUUCUUCCUCAUGGUCGCUCAUGUGUAGAGGUUGUGAGACAGAGAUCAUGUCUCACUACGGAUCAGACAACUGGAAUCUUAAACGUUCUCUCGGUUCUUACAUCUCGUCUUUCCUAACCGACAAGUUCGAGAAUUAUAAUGAAGCUAGAGUCGUGUCUUACACAGAAGUUGGAUUGAUUUUGAUUCAUCGAGUUUCCAAUCAAUCUUUCUACGUUGCUAAUCCUGUUUCAAGGCAAUGCGUCGAGAUCCUUCCUCUAGCCUCACAAAAGGAUGAACGUUUCUGGAUUUUGGGAAUAGCCACAAGAGUUGAGAGCGGCGUCGUUUUAGGUUUCAAAGUUGUUUUGUUAAAACCUAACUUCACUUUCCUCAUAUAUUCAUCUGAGACAGGUUUGUGGAGUCUCGACAGUGCAAAGUUUCCUUUCACUUAUAUCUCUCAGGAGUUUAACAAUCCCAUUAGCUUGAAUGGAAGUCUUCACUGGCUUGCACAUGGUUUGGACUAUCAAGAUUUCGUUGUAUCAGUCGAUUUCUACGCUAUUGAAACGGGCUCUGACCGUAGCCGUGCUACGCCAUUUCCUGAUUUAGAUAAAGUUCCAAAAUUCAGAAGGUCUUGCACAACUUCUCAAGGUUUUCUCAUGUAUAUGAACAUAUUCUCCGUAACAAAAGAUGAUGGAAAUCUAGAGGAUAAGUUAUGUAUAUGGAAGCUAGAGAGCUGGCAGUGGCGACUAGUAUCUGACGUCUCUUUGGAUUUUAUGAAGACCAGUAUCGAUUAUGUUCCGUUGGGAAUAAACCCUUUUGAUGCUAAAACAGUAUACUUUUGGAGUAGCCAAUGUUUGUUGUCUAUCAACUUAUACAAUGGAGGCCUUGCGGUCCACAAUGCGAUGGAACGUAGCAGCGACGGUCGCAUUCUGAAUUCCGGUGAUUGCCCUAGAGAUAUGAAAUACAUUUUAGAAUCGCAAUUUGCCUUGUUCGUUCUCCCACAGUGGAUGCAUCCGUUCCCGAGCACCAUGAUGAGAGUUUAG